AUGAGCGCAGGAAAGCCCGCCAUGAAGGCCGUCUUCGGUGCCAUGACCAUUGGCAUUCCAGGCAUUGAGAUGACGCGCGUCCACACCCUCGAGGGCACCUCGAAACUCCUUGACAUCCUCCAAGCCCACGGCCACAACGAAGUCGACAGCGCUCGCGUCUACGGAGAGGGCACAUCCGAAUCGUACCUGGGUUCGGUAACGCCGUCGUGGCAAGAGCGCGGCAUCGUGAUGGAGACCAAGCUCUACCCGAACAAGGGCAGAGGCAUGUCGAAGGCGGAGUACACGCACGCGCCGGGCGACCUGCGGCGGGGGCUGCUGGACAGCCUGAAGGCGCUCAAGGCCGACAAGAUCGACAUGUGGUACCUGCACGGGCCGGACCGCAGCGUGCCGUUCGAGGACACGCUGCGCGAGGUCAACGAGCUGCACAAGGAGGGCUACUUCGCCCGCUUCGGCAUCUCCAACUACCAGGCGUGGGAGGUGGCGCGCAUCUGCGAGACGUGCAAGCAAAACGGCUGGAUCAUGCCGAGCGUGUACCAGGCGCUGUACAACGCUUUCCACCGCAAGAUCGAGGAGGAGCUCGUGCCGUGCCUGCGCUACUACGGCGUCGCCCUCUACGUCUUCAACCCGCUCGCCGGCGGCUUCCUGACCAGCAGGUACCAGAAGGACCAGACCGAGUUUGAGGAUGGUGAACGCUUCGAUCCGAAGAAGUGGCAAGGGAAGCUGACGCGUGGCCGUUACUGGAACGAUCCGAUGUGGGAGGCGUUGGAGGGACUGAGGCCGGUGGCGAAGAAGUAUGGCAUUACAGAGGUGCAGUGCGCCUUGAGGUGGCUGGCGCACCAUUCGGCGUUGAAGAAGGAGCUUGGCGAUGCUGUUAUCGUGGGUGCGAGCGGCCCGCACCACUUGGAGGACAAUCUGGCGGCGCUAGAACAGGGCCCAUUGCCGGAAGAAAUUGUUCAGGCGCUGGAUGCUGGUUGGGAGAAGACCCGGACCCUGCCCCUGAGGUUCUGGCACUAG